AAAUCCCUAACCGGAAAUCAACCCAUUUAGCGCAGAAAGGAAGUACUAACGGGUUUCGGUCGUAGUCGCCAACCCUCACUGGGAACCACCUAUUUGGCUAGUCUGAGCUGCUUCUCGGCGGAACCAAGUCGAAUCGGAGAAACUCCUUUAAUUUGUUUCCUCUCAAAGCCGAAGCACCAUUCUCUCUCCCCUUUUAUUGGAUUUGUGUCAACUUGGGGUCUCACGAACCCUAGCCUGAGACAUAUAGGUUGGAGUAUUAGUGCGUGCAUUGGGAAGUGGAUUAGAUUUUAGAUUAGUAUGGCUAGAAGGUACAGUAGUGAUGAGAGUGAUUCCUCGGAUUCUGAGCGAAGAACUAGACAUAAACGUGAUGAGAGGCGAGAUGAGCGUAUACGUGAUGAUAAAGAUAGAGAAAGAGGCAAUGGUAAGGAUUUGUUGGACUCUGAUAAAAGAAGUAGAAAGCAGCAUGAGAGACGAGAUGAGCGUAGUGGUGAUGAUAACAACAGGGAUAGAGCGAAUGGGAAGGAUGUUAGGGAUAGAGAUGGAAGGUGGCGAAGCGAGCAUCUAGAGCGAAGGGAAUCUCGUCAAAGUUCUGCUGAAGAUGGUGAGUUAGUAGAGAGAGAAAGGAGCAGGCCAGAAAGGGAGAGAACCCAUCGACAUGAGGAUAGGCAUAGACGUCGAGAAAGUGGGGAUGCUGAUAAGGUGAAAGAAUCUCAUCAAAGUUCUGAUGAAGAUGAUAGGCGAGUGUCGAGAGGCAAGCGAGAAAGAGAGAGAUCCCAUCGGCAUGGGCAUAGGCAGCGGGACAGUGAGGAUGGCGAUAGAAAAAAGGACCGUCACAGGAUAGAUAAGGACGUGAAUGAACAACGAAAAGAUGGUCAGAGUUUUGGGAAGAACAGGGAUAGAGAUGGCAAAGUACUUGAUGAUUCAAAACCUCAGAAUCAGCCAAAAUUGCAAGAAGGAAAUGUAAAUGCUGAUUCAUCAAAUUUGGGUAAGAGUGGUGGAGUUUACAUUCCCCCAUUUAAGUUGGCUCGAAUGAUAAAAGAGGUUGAAGACAAAAGCAGUAUUGAAUAUCAGCGGUUGACAUGGGAUGCCCUUCGGAAGAGUAUAAAUGGACUUGUGAAUAAGGUCAAUGCUGCUAAUAUAAAGAAUAUAAUUCCAGAGCUCUUCUCAGAGAAUCUAAUCCGGGGAAGGGGUCUUUUUUGCCGGUCAUGUAUGAAGUCGCAGAUGUCAUCCCCAGGCUUCACAGAUGUGUUUGCUGCACUGGUUGCUGUUGUCAACACCAAGUUUCCUGAGGUGGGCGAUCUUCUAUUGAGAAGGAUUAUUUUGCAGCUCAAGAGAGCAUAUAAGCGUAAUGACAAGCCGCAAUUACUAGCUGCUGUUAAAUUUAUUGCACAUCUCGUGAAUCAGCAAGUGGCUCAUGAGAUUAUUGCAUUAGAGUUGCUCACAGUGCUGCUUGAGAAUCCAACUGAUGACAGUGUUGAGGUAGCUGUUGGAUUUGUCACAGAGUGUGGAUCAAUUUUGCAAGAUCUUUCACCCAAAGGCCUGCAUGGAAUAUUUGAGCGUUUUCGUGGAAUUCUUCAUGAAGGGGAGAUAGACAAACGGGUUCAAUUUCUGAUUGAAGGGCUUUUUGCAAUAAGAAAAGCGAAGUUUCAGGGGUAUCCAGCUGUUCGUCCAGAACUGGAUCUUGUAGAGCAGGAAGAUCAGUUAACCCAUGAGCUCUCUCUCCAAGAGGAAAUAAAUCCAGAGAUUACCCUUGAUAUAUUCAAGGCGGAUCCAAACUUCCCUGAGAAUGAGAAGAGAUAUGAAGAGCUCAGGAAAACGCUUUUGGGUGAAGAGUCUGAGGAUGAAGACGCUUCAGAUGCUGCAUCAGAUGAUGAUGAUGAUGAGGAGGAGGAGGAUGAUGAAUCCGAGGAAGAGGAUGAGGAGGAGAUGAAGAUAAAGGACGAAACCGAGACAAACCUUGUCAAUCUUCGGAGGACCAUCUACCUCACUAUUAUGUCUAGUGUUGAUUUUGAGGAGGCUGGACAUAAGCUCCUAAAAAUUAAACUAGAGCCAGGUCAAGAGAUGGAGUUGUGCAUUAUGCUCUUGGAAUGCUGCAGUCAGGAGAGAACAUACCUCCGGUAUUACGGUCUUUUGGGGCAGCGAUUCUGCAUGAUCAACAAAGUACACCAGGAAAAUUUUGAGAAGUGCUUCGUCCAGCAGUAUUCCAUGAUUCACCGGCUUGAAACAAAUAAACUGCGCAAUGUGGCAAAAUUUUUUGCACAUUUACUGGGCACAGAUGCUCUGCCUUGGCCUGUCUUAGCCUAUAUACGCUUAACAGAGGAGGAUACCACAUCUUCUUCUCGUAUAUUUAUUAAGAUUCUAUUUCAGGAAUUGUCAGAGCAUCUGGGCAUCCGUCUGCUGAAUGAGCGUCUUACAGAUCCCACAAUGCAGGAGUCCUUUGAAUCUAUCUUCCCAAGGGAUAAUCCCAAGAACACACGGUUUGCAAUUAAUUUCUUCACAUCCAUUGGGCUUGGUGGCAUCACUGAAAACUUACGUGAGUACUUGAAGAAUAUGCCACGCCUAAUUAUGCAACAAGAACAAGCUGUCUCAGACUCUGAAUCAGAUGAUGAAUCUGAUAGUUCGGACUCAGACACAGCUAGUUCUGAGUCCAAAUCAGAUUCAUCAAGUUCAGAUGAGAGUGAAAGAGAUGACAGACGUAGGAAGCGGAAGAGGAGAGAAUAAGGGAAAUGUUAUGCUGCACCAGAGACAACACCACAGUAAACUUUUGAGUAUGGUGUAUUUAUAUAAUCCUGUCAUUAGAGAACCGUCAAUUUUUGUUCGUCUUUUGAAUAUUUUUGAUUCGCUGUAAUUUUACUGUCCAGUUCUCUACAAAUUCCCCUAUUUUAAUAUGCAAAGGUUGCUGUUACUUUUUAAGUUGAGCUGAAAUGCUGAAAUAGAGGUAGAAUGUUUUUUGA